AAUUGAUAUUGCGACACGGUCGUUCGCGGCCUCCCGUCACCAAACCCUCACACGGGCGAUCUAGGCCCAUCCCUUGGCUCAGCAGGCAUCAUGGCCGGCGGCUCGCGAUUACGAUUCCUGGCAAUUGCCUUGUUAUUCCAUUUCGUGUACAUAUAUUCUAUUUUUGACAUAUAUUUUGUCAGCCCUGUUGUAUCGGGGAUGCGCCUCUUCCACGUCGAACGACUGGCCGAAACAAAGGCGCCGGCAGACCGGCUAGUACUCUAUGUUGGAGACGGAUUACGCGCCGACAAGGCAUUCCAGUCGCACCCCGAGCCCUACCCACAAUCGGACGAAGACACCACCCCGAGGCCCCUUGCGCCGUUCUUGCGAUCCAAGGUGCUGGAGCAGGGGACUUUUGGCGUUUCCCACACGCACGUACCAACGGAAUCACGGCCCGGUCAUGUCGCACUCAUUGCCGGGCUGUACGAAGAUGUCUCGGCCGUCACGACGGGAUGGAAGAUGAAUCCGGUCAACUUCGACAGCCUCUUCAACCGAAGUCGCCAUACGUGGAGCUGGGGCAGUCCCGAUAUUCUGCCCAUGUUCGAGCAGGGCGCUUUGCCUGGUAGGGUCGACGCCUUCACAUAUGGACCCGAGCUCGAGGACUUUUCCCAGGAUGCCCUGGUGCUCGACUACUGGGUCUUUGACCAUGUAAAGGAACUCUUCGCAGAAGCACGAACAAACAAGACCCUCCACGAUGCGCUCAAGGAGGACAAGGUGGUCUUCUUUCUCCACCUGCUUGGUUUGGACACCACGGGCCACUCCUACCGGCCGUAUUCCAAAGAGUACCUGAACAACAUCAAGGUGGUCGACCAAGGAGUCCGCGAGAUUACUGAAGUGAUCGAAUCCUUCUACGGAGACGACAGGACAGCCUUUGUCUUCACGGCAGACCAUGGUAUGAGCGAUUGGGGAAGCCACGGCGACGGUCAUCCUGACAACACUCGGACGCCUUUAAUCGCUUGGGGUUCAGGGGUUGCCAAGCCUCAACUGUAUCCAGGGGAAGUCGCCCCAGGCCACGACGACUACUCGUUGGACUGGAACCUGAACUACGUUAGGAGACAUGACGUCCAGCAAGCCGAUGUUGCCGCCCUCAUGGCAUAUCUUGUGGGCGUUGAAUUUCCGGUCAACUCGGUUGGCGAACUGCCCCUCCCGUUCCUGGCAGCCGACCCCGCCGAGAAAGCCGAGGCGUCUCUCGUCAAUGCACAAACUAUUCUCGAGCAAUACCUCGUCAAGGAAGAAAAGAAAAAGGCGACCGAACUGAGAUACAGACCUUAUCGAGCCCUAAGUAACAAUGACCAAACCCCGGACCACCGUGUUGCCGCUAUAAGACAGCUCAUAAAUGCUGGCAACUACGAAGAGGCUAUCGAGGAGUCGGCAGCUCUCAUCAAAAUCGGCCUGGGCGGUCUGCGGUAUCUUCAGACUUACGACUGGCUGUUCUUGAGGGCGCUUAUUACUGCCGGCUACUUGGGCUGGAUAACAUAUGCUCUCACGACCGUUGUUGAUUUGCAUGUGCUUCACGGCCGCCUGCAACCGUCGAGGACACUCGGCGGAAGCAUUGCGUUUUCGUCCAUUUUCGCCGCGUUGUGCGCCUCUUUCAUCAUUUCAAAAUCCCCGGUAACCUACUAUGCAUAUGCCAUAUUCCCUGUAGUGUUUUGGGAAGAGGUGUACGCUCGACGAGCCAGCUUGGCCGAAGGCCGCAAGCAACUCUUUGGCCACGUCGCCUCUGGCGGAAGUCUCGCCUCACUGCUCUUCAAUUCUGCUGUAUAUGUCGGCAUCAUUGAGUCUCUGGCCCUGGGAUACAUCCACCGCGAGGUAUUGACAGCAUUGUUCAUCAUGGGCGCCUUUUGGCCAACGGUGCAUGGGUUCUCGUUUCUUCAGGAGCACGCCUCUCUUUCCGCCACCUGGUUCAUCUCAUGCAUGGCAAUGAGUGCAUUUACACUCCUCCCUCCGGCUAUGAAGUCCGAAGACAUCACCCUAAUUGUGCUAGGGGGUGCACUUAUGGUUGUCGUUGGCGUUCUCUAUCUUAUCUUUGAAGACUUCGUCCUCGCGGACUUUUCGUGGUCCGCCAAACCCUCCUCACAGAAGAAUCAUCUCUCCAGAGCCCUUAUGGGUGCUCAAAUAGGCCUCAUCAUCCUUGCCAUGGUCGUCACGCGCUCGAGUGCGCUCUCUCUUCAGGCCAAGCAGGGGUUGCCUUGGGGUAACCAAGUGACGGGCUGGCUUGUCCUUGUUCUGUCGCUACUCAUGCCACUAGCGUACCGCCUCCAACCAAACAACCACUACAUGCAUAGGAUUCUCGUCAUCUUCCUAACCUGUGCGCCGACGUUUGUGAUCCUCACCAUCUCCUACGAAGGCCUCUUUUACCUUGCAUUUUCGUCAAUCCUUGUCAGCUGGGUUCGGCUGGAGCACGUUUUCCAGACUUUCUCAUCCGCAACGACUACGGAAGAAGCACCAGCCGUAUCGAAUGGGUCAACUUCCAAAUCGGAGGCUGAGACGAGGCUUCCUGCUCCGUUCCGGCCCCUCACCUUGCAAGAUGCUCGUGUGGCUCUCUUCUUUUUUGUGCUUCUACAAUCGGCCUUCUUCAGCACCGGGAAUGUGGCCUCGGUCUCGUCAUUCAGUCUAGAGAGCGUGUCCCGGCUGAUACCUAUCUUUGACCCGUUUUCUCAAGGAGCCAUGCUUAUCCUGAAGCUCAUGAUUCCGUUCGCCCUGAUUUCAGCGAAUCUGGGGAUCCUGAACAGGCGGCUCGGCGUUGCUCCAUCAGCCCUGUUUAUGAUUGUGAUGGCCAUCAGCGACAUCCUUACCCUGUACUUCUUCUGGGUGGUCAAGGACGAGGGCUCGUGGCUCGAGAUUGGCUCCACCAUCAGCCAUUUUAUCAUCGCCAGCCUACUCUGCAUUUUCGUCGCUGCAUUGGAAGGCGUCAGCGCCAUGUUUAUUACGGGAGUGCAGGUCGACGAGUCGGUCGCGGAGGCGAUCGGCAACGGAGCGGCGGUUGAGUUACUGCUGGAGAAGGCAAACGAGGCGUUGGAAAAGAUUCCCGCCAUUGCCCAAGACUAGAUUUGUAUAUAUACCUAAUCAUGUAACAAAAUGUUUGCUCGAGACCAGCGGAACGGGGGCGGAUGCACAUUGGGAACUGGCAGGAAAGGACAUGAAUCGG